AUGGAAUGUAAAAAAGGCUUUGAGAUGGUACAAGGGCUGGAAUGUAUUGAAGGAGAAUGGAUAUAUCAAACCCCAAUAUGUAAACCCACAGAGGCGAAAGAUUGUGGAUCUAAACCACUUGAUGUAAUUUUUGUUGUGGACCAAUCAGCAUCAGUUGGUCCUGAUAAUUUCUCCAAAAUGAUAAAUUCUAUAGUAGAAUUCACAUCAUCAAGUUUGGUUGUUGACCCCACGACAGUAAAUGUUGGUUUUAUAGCUGUUGCUUUCCGUAGCAUAGAUGUAAUACAUCUGUUAAAUGACCAGAAUGAUGUGCUAAAAGAAAUCGGUUUAUUUGAAAUGGAUCAAGGUAGCUCUGUUACUUUCAAAGAUAGUUUUAAUGAAGCUAUCUACGAUUUUAAUGAAAAUGGUCGAUCCGAAGUCCCGAAUGUUAUGAUACUCCUGGCUGGUGGAAAAUCGACUGAUAAUCCUCAGCCUAAUGCGAAUGUUGCCAAAGAAUCCGGGGUUGAUAUCUUUACCAUAGGAAUUGGCCAGAGUGUCGAUAAGGCUGAGCUGAGGGAAAUGGCUUCCGUACCUUCUAAAGCUAGAUUUGUUGACACGUUUGAUGAAAUUGGGGAAGCACUUGAUGAUCUUCUUAACGAUCUAUGUUAA